GUCCCGUGGAUUUGCUUGAGUAGCUACAGUAGCUCGACAGUCAAAGCCUAGGCUCUCGGUCUCUAUCUAAAUUGUUGCACUUCGAGAUGAAAUUCCUUCUCCUCGCUUUGUUCAUAACCGUCGCUUUUGCACAAGACGACCGCGAACCGUGUGAUUCACCUCCACAGUGGGAAGGUCGCGAAUUCCAUAUUCACUACGGAGAGGGAGGAUUUACUAGAAUUGAGAAGAUCAGCUAUGACGAAACCAACGAGAGGUACCGCAGAAUAGAAGAAAUCGAAUUCUACAACCAUUCACGCGCCUAUUACGACCAACUAUUUAUUCACAAAGAGCAAAUUGGUUACAGUCUAAACAUAAGAACGCGACAGUGCGAAAAGUUUCCUCUCACUGAACCGUUCCAGAAGAAUGGCGUGCCAGAAGGAGCAACUUACCUGGGAACCCACUACAUUGGUUCGUCUGCAGACCCCGCUUAUGGUGUGGAAGUCAAAGAGUUCAGUGCAUAUACAGAACGCGGUCAAUUUCAUGGUACGUUUACGGUGAAUGGUUGUGUGCCUAUUUCUCAUUCGUACCAGAGCACGAUCAGCGGUUACAGAACCACAAGAUAUUUUGACGUCACUCUUGGAAUUCAGGAUCCGAAUGUGUUCAUUCCUCCGAAGGAAUGUCAGGAGCUCUAGAAGCGGUUGCACACUCUUUGCAUGUCUAGCUCACAGCAUGUGUCAGACAUUUUCUUCGUUUAGAGCUACUAGUUACUACCCACUUUGUUAUAUUUCUAGCCUUUUUAUUCGUUUUGCUUGUAUGCUUACGUGUUCUAGUAGUUUCGCGUAGCAUAGAAUGUUAGCCAAUAAAGUUUCAUAUUUUGGGAGCAAA